AUGACACAAACAAUUACCCUCUGGUCUCACGACAGCGGACCCAAUCCCUGGAAGGUCGCUAUCGUUCUUGAAGAACUUGCCCUGCCAUACGAGACCAAGUUCGUCGACCUGCACAAAGAGGUCAAGGCCAAACCAUUCACAGACAAAAACCCCAAUGGCCGUGUACCAGCGAUCGAUGAUCCAAAUACUGGCAUCACUCUCUGGGAAUCUGGAGCCAUCAUUGAGUACUUGAUCGAUCGUUACGAUACUUCCAACUCGCUCACGUACACUUCUAUCCCUGAAAAGUACUACUGCAAGCAAUACCUUCACUUCCAGUCUUCAGGCCAAGGCCCGUACUUUGGCCAAGCAGCCUGGUUCAAUAAAUUCCAUCCCGAAAAUGUCCAAUCGGCAAAAGACCGCUAUGGCGCCGAGGUUAAGCGAGUCACGAUGGUCCUGGACACCAUUCUGAAGGGCAAGGAAUACCUUGUUGGCGACAAGUGCACGUACGCUGAUCUGAGCUUCGUCACGUGGUACCAGCUAGCUCCCUAUAUCACUGGCGAUACGAAGAUCGAUUUCAAAGGCGAUUACCCUCACUACUAUGCCUGGAUGGAGCGCCUCACGGCCAGACCGGCUGUCAAGAAGGUCUUGGAGGAUAAGCAGAAGGCCACGUCUGGUUAG